UCCGGUGCAAAUCCAAUCAGUUUCCCUAGAGUUGAACCCUCAGAUAGCUGUCCCCGGUGUCCGUGAAUCUGGAUAUAAGUUUGUUUGUUUGCGCGCUGCCAGUAGAAAGGUGCGAUUUGGUGGAGUGAAAAACAUUGAAAUUUUGAGGAGGAAAAGUGAACGCGGUGCGGAAAACGGGAUUUCUUUUUGGCAAGUCCCCCGUAAUAAUUAUUAGAGAGUGUUUUAUGGCAGUGUUGAUGGCGCAAUAAAAUUGAAAGAAAGAAAUUGCAGUUGGAAAAUACCUGACUAAACUGCGAAAGGAAUUCCACACUGCACUUACAGUAACUGUUGCGAUCUCAUCUAAUAAAGUUACCAGAAAUUGCUCAAACCGGACUGGAAAAUGGUAACGACACCGUACAUAAUCAAUGAAAUCUAUGACAUCAUACAGAAGUCCACAGCCUUCGAGCUGACGCUGGAGGCGCUGCUCGCGCUGGGCGUAAUUUGGAUCGUGCUGUACAAACGAAAUGGGAGGAAACGUCUCACGCCGGAGCAGCGCGAAAAGUUGAUCGAAGAAUGGACGCCGGAACCGCUGGUGGGGGACGUUCCGGAGGACCAUCCGGCGUUGCACACCCAUCUGGUGCAGGGACGCGUCGGCAAGGUCAUCAACAUCGAUGGCAAGCAGUGCCUCAAUUUGGCUUCGCACAACUAUUUGGGGCUAGUCGAGGACGACAACAUCCAGCAGGAGGCUAUCAAGAGUUUGCGCAAGUACGGCGUCGGAUCGUGUGGUCCGCGGGGAUUUUACGGCACCGUGGAUGUGCAUCUGGAUCUGGAGGAACGGCUGGCAAAGUUUAUGGAGGUGGAAGAGGCCGUGGUUUACUCGUACGCGUUCUCCACCAUUGCUAGUGCCAUUCCGGCGUACGCGAAGCGAGGGGACAUCAUCUUUGUCGACGAGUACGUCAACUUUGCCAUCCAGAAGGGCCUGGAUGCGUCCCGCAGCCGGGUCGUGUUCUUCAAGCACAACGACAUGGCCGACCUGGAGCGGCUGCUGGAGGACCAAGCCAAGGAGGACCGCCGAAACCCGAAGCGGGCCGCUAAAACGCGCCGCUUCCUGGUUGCGGAAGCCAUCUACAUGAACACGGGCGAGCUGUGUCCGCUGCCGGCGCUGGUGGAGCUGCGCAAGCGGUACAAGCUGCGCAUGUUCCUGGACGAGAGCGUGUCGUUUGGUGUGCUCGGGAAGGGUGGCCGCGGACUGAUCGAGCACUUUAACGUUGAUAAAGUCGAAGUCGAUCUGCGAUCGGCCGGUUUGGAGUGGGCCGCAGGAACUAUUGGAGGGUUCUGCGCAGGAUCGUCGUUCAUUGUUGAGCACCAGCGCCUCUCUGGAUUAGGUUACUGCUUCUCGGCGUCGCUUCCACCCCUGUUGACGCAAGCCGCCAUCAGUGCGCUUGACCUGUUUGAAAACGAUCCAAAAAUCUUCGAGCAGCUCAGAGAUCGCUGCCAGAGAGUUUCGCAAAAGUUACCCUCCCUAAAAGACUUCACAUUCCGCGGAGAUGCCUUGUCGCCGGUUAAGCAUUUGUACCUUAAAAAUGAAACCGAUUCCGCAAAGGAGCAGCAAAUCCUGGACGCAAUUUCCAAAGAGUGCAUCAACAACGGUCUCGCCGUAAUCUGUUCCGAGUACCUGGACCACAUGGAGAAGCGGUGUCUCCGACCCAGCUUGCGCCUAACAGUGAACCGAUUGCUGACGGACGCGGAAAUCGACGAUGCAUUCCGGAUUUUGGGUGAAGCCGCACGGAAGGUUAUUGCUGCGGCGACGUAAGGUAAUUUGGCUAGGGGGACGACGAACCAUCUUCAGGGCAGGGGAUGAUUUUAAAAAUAGGAAACGUUAGCUGUUAAAUGCAUGUAACAACAUGUUACAGAAUUCUUAUGGGCUUCAGUAUAUCUAUCACGCGACACACAUUUUUAACAGUUUUAUCUCACCUCAGGAUUUUGUUGCACAAAAUGAUUUUCUUUUUUGUUGUUGAUCGUUUUAUCAGCAAACAAACUAGGCUCCACAAUUCCGUAUUCUAUAUUAAAGUCAUAGAUAAACGUAGACAGCAACACAGACAGGGCGAUUACAAUAACAUCGUGCUUUAAAAUUUGAAAACAAAAUUGUGCACCGUCAUUUGUGAAAUGAUGGUGCAAAUAAAUUAGUUACAUUGACGACUUAUCAUAAAAAGUGUUCAAACUAUGAGCUUCAUUUAAUCAAGUUUAAAUAAGAUAAAUUGAAACAAUUAGAACGUAAUCAAACAGCACUGCUUUGUUACUGUAGAUUAUGCUUUGAACACACAAAUAGUCUUUGAGUAAACCUAUAAAAAACACGGGCCAGUUCUUAGGCUUAAACAGUCGCUGAAAGUAAAAUGCUUAGGUAGGAUCAACCAUCAAGUCACCACGGUAUUCAGAAUUCAUAUGAUUCCACAAAACAAUAAAUAAUUUAUCUAUUUGGAUCUUUCAAA